AUGGAGGGGACCGAUGGUGACGGCAAUUGUGUGUGCUUCCCCUAUGACGUGCUACUCGGCAUCCUCCGUCGUCUUCCCUGCCACACCCUCGCUAAGUCCCGGCGCGUCUGCCAUGCGUGGCGCAUCAUCAUUGACGCCCACAAUCUACUUCUCCUCCCGAUGGUGUUCUUCGACGUGACCAUCGGCGGCGCCCCCGCAGGCCGCAUCGUGAUGGAGCACUUCGCCAAGGACGUGCCCAAGACGGCGGAGAACUUCCGCACUCUCUGCACCAGCGAGAAUGGCGUCGACAAGAGCGGCAAGCCGCUGCACUACAAGGGCAGCGCGUUCCACCGCGUAAUCCCCGGCUUCAUGUGCCAGGGCGGUGACAUCAUCAGGGGCAACGGCCUUGGCGGCGAGUCCAUCUAUGGGAUGAUCUCUAUGGCCAACGCGGGGCCCAACACCAACAGCUCACACUUCUUCAUCUGCACCGUCCCCUGCUCGUGGCUCAACGGCAAGCACGUCGUCUUCGGCGGGGUCAUCGUGGGCAUGGCCGUUGUUAUCAUUUUUUGA